GUGCGCCAGAAAGGGGUGAAAGGCAGCAGUGUUUUUCAUCUAUGGACCGUCAGAAGUAGAAGCUUGUGGAGAAGGAACGAUGAACGUGAACAGGUUUUUUGUCUUGUCCAGAACUUUUCCCGCCAGGAAGCAGCUGAUUUCCGGUCUUUUCAGACAUUCUGGAAAACAAGUUCAUCUGCUUCCGCAGCGGAGGAAUGUCAAAACUCAUUCCAGAAACCUCGCCUAUGCUAAGGAUCUGUUCCUCGGUCAGGUGAACAAGUCGGAGGUUUUCCCUUAUCCUGAAAUCGGAAAUGAAGAGCUGGAGGAGAUCAAGCAGUUUGUGGCGCCGGUGGAGAAAUUCUUCAGUGAAGAUGUGGACUCAGCAAAGAUAGAUCAGGAGGCCCAGAUCCCUCCGGAGACUCUGGACGGCUUGAAGGAGCUGGGGCUGUUUGGAAUCAUGAUUCCUGAGGAGUACGGUGGGCUUGGCUUGUCCCACACCAUGUACGCCCGUCUGAAUGAGAUCAUUGCCUUGGACGGCUCCAUCGCUGUGACUCUGGCUGCACAUCAAGCCAUCGGACUGAAGGGUAUUCUGAUGGUCGGCAAUGAAGCCCAGAAGCAGAAGUACCUUCCCAAACUGGCGUCCGGAGAACACAUCGCAGCUUUCUGCCUGACUGAACCUGGAAGUGGAAGCGAUGCAGCUUCAAUCCAGACACGUGCGACCCUGUCUGAGGAUGGAAAACACUACCUGAUUAAUGGCUCCAAGAUCUGGAUCUCAAACGGAGGGAUGGCGGACGUGAUGACGGUGUUUGCCAGGACAGAGGUGGAAGUGGAUGGUGUGAAGAAAGACAAGAUUUCUGCUUUUAUCGUAGAGAGGGCGUUUGGAGGCGUCACCAGCGGCAAACCUGAGGACAAACUGGGCAUCAGGGGUUCCAACACUUGUGAGGUGUCCUUUGAUAACGUCCCGGUGCCUGUUGAAAACGUAAUUGGGGAAAUAGGAAGUGGAUUCAAGAUCGCCAUGAACAUACUGAACUCGGGCAGGUUCAGCAUGGGCAGCUCCUCUGCAGGGAUGAUCAAGAAGCUCAUAGAACUGACCUCUGAGUACGCUGCCACCAGGAAGCAGUUCAACAGAAGCCUGAGUGAUUUUGGUUUGAUCCAGGAGAAGUUUGCAGUCAUGGCUCUUAACGCCUUUGUGAUGGAGAGCAUGGCGUACCUGACGGCGGGGAUGAUGGACAGACCAGGAGUUCCAGAUUGCUCUCUGGAGGCUGCCAUGGUCAAGGUUUUCAGUUCAGAGGGAGGAUGGAUAUGUGUCAGCGAGGCUCUGCAGGUCCUUGGAGGUCUGGGUUAUACGAAGAACUACCCCUUUGAGCGCUACGUCAGGGACUGUCGCAUCCUUCCCAUCUUUGAGGGUACCAAUGAGAUCCUGAGGAUGUACGUGGCCCUCACAGGGAUGCAGUACGCUGGCAAAGUCCUGACGGGGAGAAUAAAGGAGAUGAAGAAAGGGAAUGUCGCCAUGGCGAUGGGGAUGGUUGGUAAGAAGCUGAGGACGUCACUGGGCGCUUCAGUGGACCUCGGCCUAACGGGGAAGGAUGGCGUGGUGCAUCCCAGCUUGGAGGAAAGUACGAAGAAGUUUGAGCAGAACGUCCACCUGUUUGGUUCGACCGUGGAGAGCUUGCUGUACAGAUACGGAAAGACCAUAGUGGAGGAGCAGCUUAUUCUGAAGAAAGUCGCAGAUGUGCUGAUCAACCUGUAUGCCAUGACGGCCGUCCUGUCCAGAGCCAGCCGCUCCAUCAGCAUCGGCCUCCGGAACCACGACCACGAGGUGCUGCUUGCCAACACGUUCUGCAACGACGCCUUCUUCAAGAACAACUACCUGAUGGUUCAACUGCAGAAACAUUCUCCUGAGAACAACGAUGCCAACAUGAAGAAGAUCGCCAAGGCGGUGCUGGACAACAGAGCCUACAUCUGCUCUCACCCUCUGGAGAGAACAUAUUGAUCCCAGAACGUCUGUGACUUUAAUCAGUGACAACCGUCUUUCCUCUUGUAUCCGUGCUGUUUGGCUUUAUUUAUAAAUGAAGGUGAUUCGUACUGAGACCUGUAAGAGUAGCUGUAUCAUAUUAACAUGGCUAAUGAAACUAGAAGUUCUCUUUAACUUUGUGCCGUGAUAAACUGGUACAGAUCAUGGUUUUAAUAAUAAAUAUUCUCAAAAUGCU